UUAAAAGAAGGCAGUCGUGUCAUAAUCAUGUUUCAACUGAUCGAUAAAAUAGUGAUAAUCACCGGUGGUGGGAAUGGUAUAGGUGCGGCCCUGGCUCACCAAAUGCUAGAGGAAGGAGUCAAGUUUGUUGCGAUAUUAGACGUUGAUGGAUAUUCCGGUAAAGCAUUGGAGAAAAUAUUAGCAGAAAAGUAUCAUACAGAUAAAGUAAAGUUCAUGAAAUGUGACGUCACGAAGGAGGAAGAACUCAAUGCUGCUUUCGAUGAAACAUUGCAGGGAUAUGGUUACAUUGACGUCGUUGUUAACAAUGCUGGUAUAGCGAAUGAUGCGAUUCAUCGGAAGGAAAUUGAAAUAAAUUUUUCUGCCGUCGUGACAAGUACUCUAAAAGCAUUGGAAUUAAUGCGUCAAGACAAAGGCGGAAUCGGAGGUACCAUAUUAAAUGUCUCAUCAGUUAGCGCUCUGGCUUUAUUAUCACCGACAGUCUUCGUAUAUGGGGCAACCAAAGCAGCGAUCCUUCAUUUUACAUCGAGCAUUGGGAAAGAAGCAUACUAUGCCAAGACAAAAGUUCGAACAAUAACUAUGUGUUUUGGUGCCACAGAAACAGAUAUGAUAUCGAAAGUUUCUAGCUUUGACGAGAAAUUAACACAAAGUAUGCAAAAAAUAAUGAAGUACGAUCCUAUACAAACAGUAGAGCAAGCGGCACAGGGCGCUAUCGUUGCUUUCAAAACUGGCAAAAGUGGCAGUGUAUGGCUUGUUUGGUGUAAAGUUGAAGAUAUCACAAGUAGAGUGGACAAAGCUUAUGAAAUUAUGGCAGGAGAUAUUUUUGAUUAAAGAGGAAAUGAAGAAAAUAGUGAACAACUUUUCAAUUAUUAUGCAAAAGGUUUGAUACUUUUGUAUAGGCUUUAUAAA